UCUAAAUUGACAAGUAAAUAGAAAGAUAGGUACUUUUGCAAUGUAAAAGUAAUCUCAUAAAAACAAGCUAAUUGGAUAAACAAAUAUUGUAUUUAUACAUAUUGGUUGGGUUAGUCAUAACCAACUUGGUAAAUCAUCAAAUGAUUGAAUAAAAGAUAAAGUGUUAUAGAGGUUAUGUUAGUGAUGACUCAAGGUGAUUUUGUUUCAAGAUGAUAUGAACUUUUGUUUCCGUGCAUUUAACUGUCUGCCUUAUAUGGGUUGAAAGGUUUAAUUCGUUCCUGGUUUAAGUUACCUUCAGUUCACGUAGGAUAUCGACAUGGACGACCGCAACAUCGCGAGUGGUUCAGGCUCCGAUGACGCCGAGAACAAUGACAACAUUAUGAGAAUAUCAUCUCGUCCAGUACCCACCGGACCAAGCUAUUUUGCCAGUGAGCCAUUACAGUUUAGGGUUCGUGGUUCAACAAUAACCGGUGCUUCUCCACCAAAAUUUGUGACACUAGAGGAUGUAAUGAAAGCUGCCCAUGGAAUGCAGAAUAUGGCAUUGGCUCAUGAGAUUGCUGUUGAUCAGGAUUUUAAAUUGGAACCAUUUGAGCCACCAGAUAAUAGUUAUCAAAAGCUAGUGAAAGAAACAAUGCAUAGAGCAUAUUUCGACCUACUUCGAGAGCAGCUCAAUUCUGAUCCACCAGAAUAUAAGCAGGCAUUAAUUCUGCUGGAAGAUGUUAAGCAGGGUCUUUUCUCUAUUCUUCUACCCAGACACACAAGAAUCAAGGAAAUGAUUGAAGAAGUGCUGGACCGAGAUUUCAUAAGACAGCAGGCGGAAAACAACAGCUUGGAUUUCCAGAAAUAUGCCAAGUUUGUUAUUGACCUCAUGGCGAAACUAGCUGCACCAGCCCGUGACGAAAUGAUACAGAACAUUACUACUCUUACUGACACUGUAGAUAUAUUCCGAACAAUUUUAGAAACAUUAGAGGUACUAAAACUUGACUUGGCUAAUACUCUGAUAGCCAUGAUCAGGCCCCAUGUCCAGAAGGAGAGUGUCCAAUAUGAGAGGAACAAGUUUGAUGAGGUGCUCAAGGUUUCUGAAGAUGGUCUUCAGCAUACAAGAGCAUGGCUUCAAAGGCACAUAGAUAAGACUGGACUCGGCUUACCAAUCACAGAUCCUAACAUCAUCAGAAAUGUUACUGCGCAAACCCUUGCUAAGGCAUAUCUUGAGUUGCUAGAGUGGGACAAUUCAAAUACUUACCCGGAGACAGUUACAUUGGACAAACCACGGUUCACAGAGUUAGGUUUACAAGUAUACAAGCUAAUAUGUGUUGCUUCAUUGCUGUUGAUCAGCCCGUCAUCAGCGAACGACCCCAACUCUACCCAUAAAAAACAACUCAAAGAGAAAAUAGACAUCAUCUUGGACAACACUUCUAAUGACAUAGAAUUAAAGGCAGUGUUACCAUCGGUUGCAGAAGAAGUUAUACAAAUGACGGAACAGUUACUAGAGAGUGUGAAUCAGGAACCACUCAGCGCUGAAACUAAGGAACUUAUUAGGACCCAGAUCAUCUCCCUGGGAGACCCCGAGCAUAGGGUCAGGCAGAUUGUUCGUCAGCGCAUACUCGAAUUCCUGAAGGUGAUCCUCGUGUGUGCGGGUGGCUCCAGGCAAAUCCCUGUCGGGCUCUCCGCUUUCACGAACGAGCUGACAAACGUGUCGGGAACGCUUCUAAGAUACGUAAUGCACAAUAAGGCUGUGUUCACAUCGCAUUAUAUUGAUAUUGUUGCAGAAGAACUUAGCCGAACUUAAAUGUUAUCCGAGCAAAAACUAAUGAUCUACAUUCAAACUAAAAACAUAAUAUACUAAUCUACAAAAUAGUGUCUACUUACUAUUUAAUUAAAAUAAAUAAAUGAUAUCAGAAGUGGGAUACAAACUCACGCUUACUAGAGCGGUCUGAAACCCAAACGCAGCCAUCCUGAUAUUUCAUACUUUUAUCUAUGAAAUUUACAUUCAAACUAAAAAUAUAAUAUACUAAUCUACAAAGUAGUGUCUACUUACUAUUGAAUUAAAAUAAAUAAAUGAUAUCAGAAGUGGGAUACAAAUUCACACUUACUAAAGUGGUCUGCAACCCAAACGCAGCCAUCCUGAUAUUUCAUACUUUUAUCUAUGAAAUUUACAUUCAAACUAAAAAUAUAAUAUACUAAUCUACAAAGUAGUGUCUACUUACUAUUGAAUUAAAAUAAAUAAAUGAUAUCAGAAGUGGGAUACAAAUUCACACUUACUAAAGUGGUCUGCAACCCAAACGCAGCCAUCCUGAUAUUUCAUACUUUUAUCUAUGAAAUUUACAUUUAAACUAAAAAUAUAAUAUACUAAUCUACAAAGUAGUGUCUACUUACUAUUGAAUUAAAAUAAAUAAAUGAUAUCAGAAGUGGGAUACAAAUUCACACUUACUAAAGUGGUCUGCAACCCAAACGCAGCCAUCCUGAUAUUUCAUACUUUUAUCUAUGAAAUUUACAUUCAAACUAAAAAUAUAAUAUACUAAUCUACAAAGUAGUGUCUACUUACUAUUGAAUUAAAAUAAAUAAAUGAUAUCAGAAGUGGGAUACAAAUUCACACUUACUAAAGUGGUCUGCAACCCAAACGCAGCCAUCCUGAUAUUUCAUAUUUUUAUCUAUGAAAUUCAGGGUAGUUAAAUUAAUAGAUACACCAAACAAUCGUAAAAUUCUUAAAUAUUGCGUGAGUCAUCAUUUUGUAAUAUAUACAUGCCAUACAAUGUAUUAUUUACCUAUAUACAAAAAAAUACACUAAUAUUUCGGACACGGUAAUACAUUCUAAUCGCUAAGACACGCCCUCCGCGACCGACUGUUGCAUUUUUUGAUUUCCAAUUAAUUGCAUUCUUUCUUGGUAAUUUGUAUGAGAGUGGUAUUGAAAACACAGUGUAUUGAUUUCUAAACGAAGAAAUUUAUAUAUUUUUUAAAUAUUACAGCAAUAUCUUGCAAGUGGUUUUUCUGAAAAAGUCUUGUCAAGAGUGUUUAGUAUACCUAAAUAGAUAUACCAAUGAAUUUAAAAUUCCAAGAUGUUUUUUGAACAUUGCACUUUCGUUUAAGAGACAAUAAUAUAAAUAGGCCAAGAUAUAAUGACUACCUGAGUAUACGCGUACGUAGUAAAAUCUCUUACUGCCUUAUUCAUAAUAAAACGCUUUUCUAAGGUAUAAAUCUAUAUUAGUUAUAACGUGUUUUAAGCCUAUCAAACGUUCGAUAAAAUUCCUUAUUCAUAUUCGUUAGAUAAAUCUCCCAUAACUAAUACGUCUCCAUAGUACGCAAUGUUGCCAUUUCGUACAAAAAAAAACAUGACUAACUAAUUUAAUGAGGAACUGUCAAUGAAAACAGACAUCUUAGCAAUGCCAAUGGUUUGUCAAAAGUCGAUGACAAAAUAAUUUCAAACUUCAAAAAUCAAAGUUUUGAAGUCUGUCGGUUGUCAAUCUAUGACGGAUAUCCAACAACUUUGAGCGGGAAGUAAUUUAUCACAUCAUUUAACGAACAGCUGAUCGAUGUCGGCCAUUUUUUUUUUGCGUUCGAGUGCUUGCAAUAGGUUUAAAGAAGGGUCCUAGCUACUAUAAGUCACGUCAGCUUUAUCGAAGAGAUUAUGAGCGUUUUAGCUAUAAUAUGCGAUCAUGAAUACCAUUUUUUAGCAAGCGUAUAUUAGCGAUGUUUUAAGUCUCCGCUAAUUCAUUACGAAUUAGACGGCAAAACUAUAAUUAGAAAUCAAUACUUCCUGCUCGCUAUUAGUUGACGCGCGAGAGAAGAAGUAAAUGGGGUUGUGGGCGUAUGAAUCGAACUCUACCCGAGUCUCGACCUAUAGAUAUAUUAUUACUAUGCUAAGAGAACGUAGCUGUCCUAAACUAUGUAUUGAAAUAUUUUAAAACCACUAAAAAUUAAUUUUAUUGACUUAUUAAAUGGAUUAUGUUCGAAGUACAAUCGCGACCACAUGUUCGUUAUAUUAAAAUUUUAUACAAUUAAAUAAAUUAGUAGUAAUAUUACGAAUGUAUCAAGCAUAAUCAAAUUUACAAAAAAUUCUCAUAUUUUACUACUAGAAUGUUGAAACAUUAUCCAUUCUGUUGAGUUCGAAUUUUACUUUUUUUACCUACUACAAAGUUUAGAUUUUUUAUUUACAUACUAACGGAUUACUAAAGAUCCAUUUGUCGAUACUAAAGGUACACAAGUUUCUUGAAUUUAUUUGUAAUAGAUGCAUUUAUCGCGAUCUAGAAGUAAAAUUAAUAUUAAAUCGACGGAUUUUCCUUUUUAUACACUAAAGACUGUCUGAAGAGAAUAAUGCAAAAAUAAUUUUAUUAUGAAAUCAAUGAAAUAUGUUGACAUAUUAAUAUAUUUAAUACACUAAUAUAAUAAAUAUAUUAUCCCUGUUA